AGCUGCUGUAGGUAUUUGCACCGUGCCGCAUACGGAUGGCAUGCUUGAAGACAUUGAUCUGCGGCGUACCCUGCUCUGCUGGCGAAUAGCCGGUCUGUCGGAGGUGACUCGCGACAGGGGGCUCGAAGCAGCGACGGCCGCGCUUUUGACUCCGAUACAGUGUCGACGACACUCUUGAUGAAGGGCUGGCAUGUGCUGGGCGAAUAUUGACGCGCGCGUCUGCAUCUCGUUGAGCGAGCGAUGAUUUGACUCACGGCAUGUGCAUUCGCGUCACAUUGCUAACGGGCAUUUCACGCAGGCUGGCGGACAUUACACUUUUGCAAGCCGCACCUGGUCACCACGAACUCUCUCAAGUCGCCCCGAUAUGACCUUAUGAUGAACAUCUGGAAUAGAGCCGGCAGGGACGGCGUCCGCGCGCUGUUCAUGCUUGUCACCGCGAGCCACAAAAGUCUCCCCUGUUCCUCCCUUGUCCGUACCACGCAACACCAUCGUCGAUCGUCUAUCGGCUCCUGUUCCCCCCUCGCUUUUUCCUGUCCGACUGGUGCGUUGCAGUCAAGCCUUUCACUUUCACUCUCGCCUUCGGAGCCUGUAGACCAGCAACCACUUUUCCAGGCAAAAGUACUCGUGACCACCAUGAAGUUCUUCGCGCCGAUCGUCGUGGGCUUCAUCGCCUUCUUCUCGACGCAGGUGGACGCCAACGGCGUGUGCUACGACCCGGACCACACCAGCGGCAAGAGCGCCUCGACCGUGCAGGCUGACAUGAAGACCAUCGCCGGCGCCGGCUUCACCAGUGUGCGCACGUACAUCUCCAAGUUCGGUGACACGGAAAUGGGCUCUAUCAUCACGGGCGCCGGCCUCACGGCUGUCCUUGGCGUGCCGUACCCGCAGAGCGACUACCAGGAGCAGAUGGAGGCCGCCAUCAAGGCUGCGAACGCCGGCGGCGUCUACGCCAUCAUGGUCGGUAACGAGAACCUGGCUGGCGCCUCUAGCAUCCCCAGUGGAAUGAUCGACGUCAUCAACCAGAUCAAGUCGCGCGUGUCCUGCAAGGUCGGCACGGUUCAGCGUAACACGGAGGUGAUCAACUACCAGAGCAUUUCGGGCUGGUCGGAGCUCGUCGCAGCCUGUGACGUCCUUGGCGUGAACGUGCAUCCGUUCUUCAACCCCGGCACGACCGCUGACGGCGCCAUUGACGUCGUGGACAAGCAGUGGCAGACCAUGAUGAGCAACUUCGGAGACAAGCUGCUGCUGACCGAGACGGGAUGGCCGUCGAGCGGUUCGGUGUCGGGCAACACCGGCAGUCUCGCGGGCGAGCAGACCUUCUACAGCGCGUACCAGAAGUGGAGCAGCGGUCUGAGCGAGAAGUUCUACUUCCAGUUCUUUGACAUCCCAAGCAAGCCGGAGGCCUACGAACAGACUUUCGGUCUGUACACGGCGGACUCGCAGCCCAAGUUCACUAUGUCCCAGCAGCAAUCGUCUUCCACUCCGACGUCCCAGCAACAAACGCCAUCGACCCCGACGUCUCAGCAGCAGCAACAGCCAACCACGUCCGCCCCGACGACGGCUGCACCGGCCCCGACCACCGCCGCUCCGACCCCUGAGCAGACGAAUGCCCCGGAGCCCGGUGCGUCUACGCCCACGCCGACUCCGGAGACCUACCAGAGCUCGGGAGCCAGUGAGACCAACACCAACACCACGUCUUCGAUCUCUUCGCACUCUGGUUCGGUGUUGAGUGGCAGUGACGAGACUGGUGUCCCCAGCGGCAACUCGGCCGAGAAGGACGCUGCAUCCACUAAGCAGGACGACACUAAGACCGAUUCCAAGUCGGACAAGACGUCCGAGACCACGCAGUCCACUGCGACCAUCAGCUCCAUCGGUAAGAGCUCAGAGUCGCAGCAGGAGCAGCAGACGUCCAGCAACAACCAGGACAACACCACUCAGCAGGUAAACAACCAGAGCGAGGAAUCUGGUAGUAAGGAUAGCGUCGUCGGACUUGCCGUGGGUGGUGGUGCUUGUGCUAUGCUGGUCGCUUUCGGCUUCAUCUACCAGGCCCGCAAGCGCGCUCAGGAGCUAGACGAGGACAAGGACGUUCACUUCUCGACCGUCACGCCCGUGGAGAACAUUUGCUCGCUUUAAACGAGCACGUUUGCCAUUAAAAUCAACCGAUUUCAAUAUUUUUUGAGGUUGUGCUCCUUUGCUCCAAUAAAGGUUACUAUUGAUCCAGCCUAG